AUGAGAGAAGCUGCAGUGGUGUGUAGAGAGCUGAGCUGUGGGGAGCCUGUAAAUGUGCGGUAUGCUGCUCACUUUGGAGAAGGAUCAGGAGAAAUCUGGAUGGAUGAUGUGGAUUGUAGAGGAUCAGAGUCGACACUGAAGAACUGUAGCUCAGUAGAGUGGGGGAAUAAUGACUGUGGUCAUGAUGAAGAUGCUGGAGUCACCUGCUCAGGGAAUGAAGCUGAGAAUUAUGAUGACACCCUUACAGCUGAUCAGAAGACAGUUAUACUGACAGACAGUGUGAGGUUGGUGAAUGGUGGAAGUCGCUGUGCUGGGAGAGUGGAGGUUCUUCAUGAUGGACAGUGGGGAACAGUGUGUAGUUCUGCCUGGGAUAUGAAAGAUGCUGCAGUGGUGUGUGGAGAGCUGCGCUGUGGGGAGGCUGUAGAGCUGCGGUAUUGGGCGGAGUUUGGAGAAGGUUCAGGAGAAAUCUGGAUACAUGAUGUGUACUGUAGAGGAUCCGAGUUGACUCUGAACAAUUGUAGCUCACAAGGGAAACAUAACUGUGAUCAUGGUGAUGAUGCUGGAGUCAUCUGCUCAGGUCACAGAAUGUCGAGACUCACUGCUGGUCCUCACCGGUGCUCUGGGAGAGUGGAGGUGUUUCAUGGAGGUUCCUGGUCCACAGUGUGUGAUGCUGACUUUGACCAGCAGGAUGCAGAGGUUGUGUGUCGAGAGCUGGGCUGUGGGAUUCCUGUGGAGGUGCUGGGAUCAGCUGCUUUUGGCCGAGGGGAGGGUCACACAGGGGCGCGGCUGGUGAACGGACCGGACUCCUGUUCUGGUCGAGUGGAGCUCCAGUACCUCAGUGACUGGGGCACAGUUUGUGCUGUAGGCUGGGAUAUGAGAGCUGCAGAUGUUCUCUGUGCACAGCUGGAUUGUGGGAGUGCUGUGGCUGUGGUGGAGGUCGACUGGUUUGGGGAGGGGAGUGGCCACAUCUGGGCUGAUGUGUUUGAUUGUCAGGGAAACGAGACACACCUAUCACAAUGUGGCAUCUCAUCAUGGAGUCGAGCUGCAUGCUCUCAUAAACACGAUGCUGGAGUCAUCUGUAAUGGAUCAUCCGUGGCGUUUCAUGAGGGGCGAGUGCGGUUGUCUGGAGGGAGCGAGUGUCAGGGGGAGGUGGAGAUUUAUUUCAGGCAGGACUGGAGGAGAGUUCUCCUGGACUCGUGGAGUCUGUCUGAGGCGUCUGUGCUCUGCAGACAGCUGGGCUGUGGCUCCGUGCUGAACUACCGCUCCUCUCCAUCCACCACUGAACACAAACACAUGUGUGUAACGGGUUUCAGCUGCUCUGGGAGUGAAGCUCAUCUGGGGAACUGCAGCAGUGCACAACCUGUCAACUGCAGCUCCGGGGAACAGCUGUACAUCACCUGCUCAGGCCUCAGCUCCAUCAGACUGGUCGGUUCUGGGGGAGACUGUGCAGGAAGGCUGGAGGUUUUCCACAGUGGCUCGUGGGGGACAGUGUGUGAUGACUCGUGGGAUAUUGAGGAUGCGCAGGUGGUGUGCAGACAGCUGCAGUGUGGAGUGGCCCUCAGUACCCACAUACCAGCCUGGUUUGGUCCUGGAGCUGGGUCCAUAUGGCUGAAUGAGGUGGAGUGUGAGGGGAACGAGACGUCCCUGUGGAACUGCAGAUUUCAGCUGUGUGAAGAGGGUGAAUGUGGACACCAGGAGGACGUAGGAGUCGUGUGCUCAGAGUUUAAAGAGAUCCGACUCACGGAGGGCUGUGAGGGGAAUCUGGAAGUGUUCUACAAUGGAACCUGGGGUAAUGUGUGUCACAACGAGAUGGAGAUGGAGUUAGAAACAGCAGAUAUGGUGUGUCGAGAGCUGAACUGUGGAAGACGCGAGCGUUUGGACUCGGCCAGAGCGAGAGUCGAAUCUGCUCCUAACUGGAUGGAUCAUGUUAUAUUAUCAUUGUGUUGUAGUGAGCUGUGUGACUGGAGCUGUUAUUCAGCGUUGGUGUGUUUCCUCAUGUGUGAUGUGUGUGAUGUAGAGCACUGGUCUCUCAGGCUGAGUGGAGGAGAGGGAAGCUGCUCUGGGAGGUUGGAGGUGUAUCAUAACGCUACGUGGGGCUCCGUUUGUGAUGAUCAGUGGAACAUCAGGAACGCUCAGGUGGUGUGCAGACAGCUGGGCUGUGGGUCGGCGCUGAGUGCUGAUAGGAAUGUUAGUUCUGGUCCUGGUGAAGGGACUAUCUGGCUGAACAGAGUGAAGUGUCGAGGGGAUGAGAUUCACCUGUGGGACUGUCAUCAUUCCCUGAAGAAACACACUGACUGCUCUCAUGCUGGAGUCACCUGUGCAGGUCAGAGGGGUGUGCUAACUUUUCAGCUUCCUGUCUCCACUCAUUACACUUUUCUCCCAGUGUUAAGACCUGAUAACUUUUAUUUAUAAUCUUAGAUAUUAGUUUGAAAGCUCAGACCCUAAACUGUAAUACACUGAUCAGCAGGUCAUAACCCUUAUUUAGUGAGAGUAUAUUUUAUUAUAUGAUAGAAAGUGUUUUUAUAUUCUGUAAAUACAGACGUGUCCACUACUACACCCAUCACC